UCGAAAGUGCUGUUGGUAAUGAAAGAAUUCAUCCGGACAAUGUGUACGGGGAACAUUCAAGAAACCAAAACGAACACCUGUUUCCAAAUGUUCAACAGCUAUUCUUAGGAGAGGGAUUGUGACAGUAACUUGUGAACUGUUUUGAAUGCAGCUCACAUUAGACGAAGGAGUUGCCCUCUCUGAACAGCAUCAAAUUUAUGAUCACCUCAGACAAGAAAGAUUAUUAAGAUCGAUGUGAAAACUAAUACGCGUAACAUUAAUUUGAUGCAAAAUGCAACCGUUCUGAAUAGUUUAGAAUAACUUUACAAUGCGGGAAUUGCUCUGAGCUGUAAUUAUCUACGAAUGGACCUGGUGCCCGUCGGCUGAGACAUCAUUUACAAUCCGCGGUGAGACUGACGAGGCGGGACCGCCGACAGGAUGGUGGAGCGGUCUGACCGAGCUCCUCUGCUGGACUGGGAGGAGGUUCCGUCCGCUGAGAAGCCCGGCGGAGCGGCACCACCGGCAGCACUCGCAAAGGACCGACUGUCGAGCCCCUCCAACAGUCGUGCCUCAUCAGGAUGCUCCGCACCGGGGUUUGGGUGGAGCAGCGGUCCGGGGGGUCCCACUCCUACUAGGUCUGUCUCCAACGCAGACGGCUGCAGCGCCACACCCGCGACCUCCAGCACCCCGGCGGGCAAGGAUGAAGCGCUGCGUCCCGACAACGAGGAGCAUCACUUGGAGUCAGGAUCGAGGGAGGUGUCGCUGGAAGACAGAUUGGUGAAAUGGGAGGAAAAGGACCAGAUUGUGUCGGUCUUUGUGGUUACAUUCAAUACCAGAACAGGAAACAUGCUGGAGUGGUGUCUGCCCAAAGACAUGGACCUGGAGGGAGUGGAGUUCAAAGCCAUCGCCAGCGGCUCCCAUCGAGUCACCACAGACUUCAUAUACUUCCGGAAGGGCUGCUACUUCGGCCUCGCCUGCUUUGCCAACAUGCCGGUGGAGAGCACGGUGGAAAGGGGGGCGAGGAUGAAGUCGGUAGGGAUCCUGUCUCCUUCCUACACGCUGCUCUACCGCUACAUGAGUUUUCUGGAGCACCAGGUCAGGCUCCAGCUUCAGUCACCAGGCCACUACUCUCCCCUGGAGGCCUUUUAUGAAGACAAGAGAGCACUUCUGCCCCCCAGUGGCGAUGGUGUUGUCACUGCAUGUCCAGCCAACGCCUGGGGAGCUGCAAUCAACCACAGCAUGCACCCUGAGAUGAAGAUCACCCACCCUGCAGGCUGUAUGUCCCAGUUCAUCCGCUUCUUUGGGGAACAGAUCAUGGUGCUGUGGAAACUGGCUCUCCUCCGCAGACGCAUCCUUAUCUUCUCCCCUCCACCCGUGGGUGUAGUCUGCUACAGAGUGUACUGCUGCUGUUGCCUGGCAAACAUCUCCAUCCCCGGGAUCGGCGUGGCUGUGCCCGAGUUUCGCCCCUUCUUCUAUGUUAAUGUGGCCGAUAUAAGCGCCCUGGAGAACGAGCUCUCCUACGUUGCUUGUACUACUGAGAAGAUCUUUGAGGAGAAGAAGGAUCUGUAUGACGUGUAUGUAGACAAUCAGAAUGUAAAGACCUGCAGAGACGGCCUGAAGCCUCUGCUGCGCCUCAGCACUGCAGACAGGGAGAAAUACCGCAAACUCACUGAACAGAGGCAGAUGUUGCUAUACUCCCAGGAGGAGAAUGGAGACUGUGUGUCCAGUGAGGAGGAUCUCUUUAUCCUGUUUUUCUUGGAGCAGAACAACAGGAUUUUCCAGACCCUCAGUGAGGUGGCAGGGAGCUCUGAUCCCACGCUGACCCAUGAGAGUGUGAGGGCCAUGGGUCUGGAUCCCCAUGGAGACAGGCUCUUCCUGCUCCACCUGCUGGAGAUCUAUGGAUAUGACACCCUGAUGGUGUCAGAGCAGUUGUGCUGCAGUUGAGAGACAACAGACAGCUGGCUUUCUGCCUUUCAUCACUGCUGGUUUUAAAAGGAGGAUGAGCUUUGAGUGCUGCACUACUGGCCUCCUGGAGUUGGAGCUGACAGAAAUCUCUCUGGUAUAAUGUUUUUUAUUGUAUAUCUCCCUGCGCUUCUUAUGUUCAUUGUGGCUCUGUUCCCUCACAAACUGACGGCAACACCAAUAUUUACAGUCUACUCUCACGUAUUUUAACCAUGAGUAAUGUGGUUAGUUCUAACUGAUAAAGCCUACCAGAGGUAUACAUACAAAAAGAUGGAUUACUCAUGCUUGACUAAAGUCAUUUUCUGGAUUGGAUACAGUUGAGCAGUGUUUGAAUGCAAUGGAGGGCAGGUACCAAAUCCAAGAUGACAGUAACAUGAGAUAAAUACUGAAGAGGGCUGAACUACUCAGACACCAAGUUGAAUAACAGAGCGAGAGACUUCUUCCAAUAUGAAGACAGUGUCUUUGAGAUUUUCAGUGAUCAAAACUUGGACUGAGGAUCAAAGUAUGAAAAUGUUGGUGAGAGGCAGCUUUGUGUAAAUAAUCCUACUUCCCCCCCCCCCCCUUGAUGUACAGUGUGUCAACGUAUGUGUGAUAUGGGGGGUCCACCUCUCUGCCAGUGUUGUUUUCCUUGUAUGAAGUGCUGGAUUUAAACACCGAAUUUUUAA